ACGAAUUUGAAAACAAAUUGUGAAGAAAAAUAUCAUUAUAUUUUUUGUAAAGUAAAUAAAAUUAAAAACACAUUUAUGGUCCAAAAAUUUAGUUUUUUUUGUUUUUUUAGUUAAUGUGUAUUUUGGCAUGAUAUAAAGUGCGUCGUGUCUCGACUAUAUCAUCUCUCGGUUUCACUAUUGAACGUGUAACACUGGUCGAAAGAAGACGAACAUAAACUCGUCUCCGGUAACCAAAAAUGGUUUCCAUGACUACUUCAUCUUCUUCGUACGGAACAUUCUCUACAGUCGUCAACAGUUCUAGACCUAAUUCCUCAGCAACCUUUCUCGUCCCUUCCUUGAAAUUCUCCACCGGAAUAUCGAAUUUCGCGAAUCUGAGUAAUGGGUUUUCUCUAAAAUCUCCAAUUAAUCCUGGGUUUCUCUUCAAGUCUCGUCCUUUCACUGUCCAAGCUAGAGCUGCUGCAGAAAAAACCGUUCACGAUUUCACCGUUAAGGACAUUGAUGGGAAGGAUGUUGCUUUGAACAAAUUCAAGGGGAAAGUUAUGUUGAUUGUCAAUGUUGCUUCAAGAUGUGGUUUGACAUCAUCAAAUUACUCAGAGCUUUCACAUCUGUACGAGAAAUACAAAACUCAAGGAUUUGAGAUUCUAGCUUUUCCCUGCAAUCAGUUUGGUUUCCAAGAGCCCGGGUCAAACUCCGAGAUCAAACAAUUCGCUUGCACCCGGUUUAAAGCAGAGUUCCCUAUAUUUGAUAAGGUUGACGUGAAUGGACCAAGCACAGCGCCGAUCUACGAGUUCUUGAAAUCAAACGCAGGAGGAUUCUUGGGUGGUCUCAUUAAAUGGAACUUUGAGAAGUUCUUGAUUGAUAAAAAGGGAAAGGUCGUUGAGAGGUACCCUCCCACCACAUCCCCUUUCCAAAUCGAGAAAGACAUCCAGAAGUUGCUUGCCGCUUAAAAACUUUUGCUCAUGAGUGAGCAUAUAGAGACUGAUGGUUAAAGUAACCGUAAAUUGUGACAUAAAGUUUCCGGUUAUUGCUUGUAUACCUUCUUACAUUCUAAGUUGUACUAAUCGCUUAAUAAUUUGCGUAUAAUGGUAAUGUUAUAUACAUUAUAUUAUAAAAAUGGUGUUAUAUAUACAAUAAGACAAUCUCGCUCGCGCACAUCCAAUCAACAACGAUGGAGAUGAUAUUACAAAAAAAAGCAUUGAACCCUUCACCUCUUACAUUUCAAAGUGUUUAUUAAACUAGAUUAGUU